AUGGAGACUGGUGCUGUGGUGCAGGUGACUCAUGCAGCGAGCGGGUACUCGUUCCGCGCGCUGGUGGAACGUGGUGCCUCCACCGGUCCGCUAGUGCUGAGCCUAUGUAGUUUGGAGCGACCUUAUGAGAAGCUCAAGGUGGCGCUGAACGGCCAAGUGAGCUGGGCGUUGGCGGCCGCCAAGUUUGCCGCUUUUCUGGUGGAGUUCGAAGCUCCAGAAGAAACAAAAGAUGGCGAGUAUUUGGUGCAUUUCAAGGCGGUGGCACAUCAGAAGAAACUCAAUCGCUUGCAAUCCAACGGAUGGUAUUUGGGCGUGGUUGCGUCGGAAUUCAUUGGUGACGCUGGCAAAGGAGAGGACAGUCUGUUCCGUUUGGCUGUUGUGACGAAUCGCGCGGCUUUCGCACUGGACACCACGCGCUCGUUAAUGAAGCAAUCUAAGCAUAACUCGCUGUUGAGUGAGUCGCAGCGACGGUCGUUCAUGCAAAACGGAUAUCUGCAGAUCCGUGGCGCGGUGCCGCUGGCUUUGGCCAACUCGGCGCUGGGGCGCAUUAACCAUGACCUCGGUAUCCCUGGAAACAUGAUCGAUGGCGGAGUCGAAGGCGCAGUAAAACUGGCAGGUAACACCUCCAAUAGUGACGCAAUAUUAGAUCUAUACCGCGUCACAGACGUCAGCAAGUACGUGGAAGCACUUGUCGGUAUUGACCAAGUGGUGCCACCGCAAGGAGCACAGAUUGCUUUACGAUUUCCGGAGCUAGGCGAGCCUCGAGAACCACUGGGUACGGAAUGGCAUACGGACGGCAUGCGACAGGGUCGUCUACAUCCGUUCACAUUACUGGCGGGCAUCGCUCUGUCGAAUGUACCGGAGCCAUUGUGUGGCAACUUGACAGUAUUUCCUGGCUCGCAUGUGUCACUUCAAAGUCGCUUGACAGCCGACGGUAAACUGUGCGGCCACAAUGACGAAUGUUACAAGGCCGAUAGCGUGUGGGGAGAUGGCACACUACCAGACUUGGGCACACCUGUACAGCUCCUGGCAUUUCGCGGCGACUUAGUACUGGCCCACCCCAACCUGGCACACCGUGGUGGCCUUAACUUUUCCCCAGACAUCCGCUACCAAGUUUACUUUCGGAUCAAACACAGACACCUUGAAGAGCUGCAGGAACAAUGCGUCACUGACUUAUGGGCAGAUUUACAGGGACUCGGUUUAGACGAUCAGAGUUGCUUAGCUGAGGAUUGA